CUGUAAGGUUCCUAACUGGCAUCGCUGGGCGCGUCGAUAGCCAUUUCUUUUCUGGAAGCCAUCCCGUGUGGAACGUGAUCGCUGCCCGCAGCUGUAAUAUAUCGAGACUAUUGAUAUAUAGAAAAGUAUCAUCCACCAUGCAACUACAAAUUCGUGCACAAGAAACGACCAUUGUCGAAUGCCAAGAUGAUGAAAGAGUAGAAAAUAUCAAGGAGAAAAUUGCAUCUCUUCAAGGCAUUGAAGGCGAAUUCAACCUUCAUUGCAACGGAGUUUUAUUGACAAAUGAAACUUGCGUCAGUGAACUCCCAUCAAGCACACUCGAAUUGACUGUACCCUUAUUGGGAGGUAAGGUUCACGGUUCCUUGGCGCGUGCUGGCAAGGUCAAAGCUCAAACACCUAAGGUCGAGAAGCAGGAAAAGAGCAAAAAGAAGACUGGCCGUGCUAAACGACGUAUCCAGUACAACCGUAGAUUUGUCAAUGUUGUACAAACUUUCGGCCGCCGACGUGGACCUAAUGCCAAUACGAAUUCAUAAGGAAACAUGUAUUACCAAACUAUUAUGAUAUCAUUUGUUAUAAUAAAAUGAGAAAGUGUCAUAAUUGAA